AUGUCAUUUUUCUUAGUUACAUCAAAAUUUAUUAAAACCGUUUUUCAACUUCGCAAACAAAUAAAAGACACCUUAGUAACUGAAAUAAGAAUUACGAAUGAUACGAUUAUGUGUUAUAAUCGUGAAGGUGAACCCGUUCUCUUUGAAUUCUCUCAAGAAAUUACCACCAUUUCAUUAGAACAAGCCCGGAUGUCAUUGUAUUUAAAUGACUUAAAAAGAACUGAUAUUCCUACCAGGUCUCUCGAAGAAGUACAUGGAGAAACCUGGGAAGAUCAGGUCAUAUAUAUUAGGGAUAAGAUGCGUCAAAAUCGUCUUGAUCAGGUCUCCCUUCUUCAGUAUUAUUAUCUUUUGGGAGAACGGUUGGAAGCUCAAUUUUGGAGUCCAGCUGCUAGAAUGUUUAUUCGAAUUAAUUUUUCUAUUAGUGCUUAUCAUUAUACAUGGAAAGCAGCUUCACGCGUAUAUCAAUUGUAUCAUACCCGGGGUACUCAUAACCUUCUUACUGUUCAAAAUAUUACUGCCAAUGCUUUAUUACGAUUGUCUGACAAAAAUUUUAAAGCAUUGGUAGAAGAGGCACGAUUAUUUAAAGCAGCUGAAGUUGAUUAUAUUUUAGGGGAAGCUCAGGAAUAA